AUGCCUAUCUGCUGGCCAAACGGGCUCCGGCCCCGCUCCAAAAAAGCGGUGGCAGGCUCCGACGAGGCUGCUGCGGAGAAGCUGUCAACGAGUGGUUCCAGCGCAACCGACAUCAAAGAAGUGGAAUCUCCGAAAGACGACUCCACCAAAACCGACUCCAAGUCUGACGACGACAAGGACAAGGCGAAGGACGAGUCCGGCGAGGACAAGGACAAGGACAAGGACGGAGAGGACAAGAAGGAAGAUGACGAGAAGAAGGAGAAGAAGGUGCUUGCACCCGUCGGUUCCAUCAGCUCAGCCAAGAACAUCUACAAGUCGACUGUUGACGACGAUGGCAACUGGACAUGGGUCGACAAGUAUCCUGAGGACGCCGAGGAGGCAGCCGAGAAUGAGGAGACGGCAACAUAUGCCGUGCUGGUGCGAAACAUCAAGAGCAACGACAGCCGCAAGAAGCUCGAGGCACACAGCAUCAUAGUGCAGAGCCCCUGGCUCAAGACUGCCCUGGGCACCGUUCUUGCUGACUACCCUGGCGUGGCCUGCGAGCUCAAGCGCCUGGAGUUUGAGGCGCCCUUCCAGCCAUUCGUGCACCGGUGGCACGAGUUUGUCAAGUACAUGGACAAGCCCGACCUUGAGGCCACCGCCAAGGAACACCUGGUGCUGCUGCACGACAUCCUCAAGUACGAGAUCGGCGAAAGCAUCAAGGCCUUCGAGGACUACGUGCGAAAUGGCGUCGUCACGUUUGAGCACCUGUGGAUGAUCUUCCAGCCUGGCGCUAUCGUGCUCGCCCAGCACAAGGGCCCACUCAGCGCCUUCGAGCUCACCGAGUCGGAGUACAUGGCGAAUCAGUGCGGCAAGUUCCUCCAGCUGCGUGUCGACUGUGUCGACUAUGGCGGCAAGACAUUUGGCCGCUUCCAGGAGUCAAUCAACAUCAACGAGUUCAUUGGCGCCAAGAAGAUCACGGGCCUCAACGUCUAUCCUUGGGCCUUCCACGAGGACAAGGACAAGCUGACGGCAACACUGACAAAGCGCGGCGAGAUCUUUGAGAAGCUCGCAGGUCACCAUUACAAGUCAUACUCGGGCAAGGCUGUCACUUGGGACAGAGAAGGCAACGAAAUCCAGAUCCAGGUUUCUGGCCGCAUUAUUGUCGACAUCGAGAGCUUCAACCGCUUCAGCCCUUACCGUGUGCGCUACCUGAACGACUGGAAUGCCAAAGAUCUCGAGCGCCUGAGCAAGUACAAGGAGCAUUACGGCGGCGCUCCUGACGAUGAUGGCACCACACGUCUGACGCCAUACCACCAGAUGAUUGCGCGCUGCCGCACGCGCGGCUACUCGCUCAAGAUGAAGAAGUGGCUUGACUUCUUUGUCGAGGACGUUUCCGAGGUCGUUUGGAACACAGAAGCUUUUGACAAGCUGGUUUUGCCCACGGACCAGAAGGAGUUGAUCAUGGCCUUUUCCGAGUCACAGCUCGGUGGCAGCAAUUUUGACGAUGUUAUCUCGGGCAAGGGCAAAGGCAUCAUCUGCUUGCUGUCGGGGCCUCCAGGUGUGGGCAAGACGCUCACAGCGGAAGCGGUGGCCGAGAACCUCCGUGUGCCGCUGCAUACGCUAAGCUCGGGUGACUUGGGGUCCGACCCGUGGGAGGUGGAGCGAGGGCUCUCGUCGAUCCUGGAGCUGGUGGCGCGGUGGAACGCUAUUUUGCUGCUGGACGAGUGCGACGUCUUCCUCGAGGCUCGAAGCAACCAUGAUCUGGAGCGGAACAAGGUCGUGUCGAUCUUUCUGCGUACCCUUGAGUACUACGAAGGCAUCAUGUUCAUGACGACCAAUCGUGUCGAAAACAUUGAUGCGGCAUUCCAGAGCCGUAUCCACGUCAGCCUCGAAUACCCGGACCUCACCUCUGCUUCGCGUCGCCAGAUCUGGACCAACUUCCUCAAGGGCACUUAUAUCAAGAGCGGCCUCACCAACCAGGACAUUAACGAGCUCGGCGAGCUCAAGCUAAAUGGCCGCCAGAUCAAGAAUGUUCUCAAGACAGCACAGCUGUUGGCUGGACACCGUAAGAGCCCGCUGCUUGAGCGCAAGUUUAUCGAUACGGUUCUGGAUAUCGAGAAGAAGCGGCCGGGUGCGCCACAGAUGUUGGCGCACUACUUGUAA